AUGGCGUUGGUAGCCCAUUUUGAUCUUGAGCUACAUCAGAUGGAUAUAAAGACAAGUUUUUUGAAUGGUGAUCUUAAUGAAGAGGAGAGGCAUCAUUUGUGUUGGGUAUUGAGAUUCGAUGAGAUAAGUCUCGUAAGCUAUUGGGGCUUUCACGAAAAGGCUUAUAUUGAUCGUAUUUUGACAAGAUUUCGGAUAAAAAAUUAUAAGCCCGGAGAUGUCCUUGUGGUGAAAGGUAAUAAGUUAAGCCUAGACUUGUUUCCUAAAAAUAAUCUUGAGAAAGAUUCUAUGAAAGAUGUUCCUUGUUCAAGUGUUGUUGGAAGCCUUAAGUAUGAACAAGUUUGCUCCCGUCCUGGUAUUUCUUUCAUUGUCAUUGCUCUUGGACGCUAUCAAACUAAUCCAGGAAGAAGCCAUUGGGUUGCUGCUAAGAGAGUAAUUAGGUACUUUAAAAAGACAAGAGAUUACAUGUUAGUGUACAAAAGGGUUGACGACCUUGAGGUAAUUGGUUACACAGACACAGACUUUGCUAGGUGUCCUGACGAUUUGAGGUCUACUUCUGCAUUUAUCUUUAUGUUUGUAGGGGGUGAGAUAUCUUGGAAGAGUGUGAAACAUCAUCUUCUACCAUGCAAGCCGAAUUUAUAG